CGUUAGAGAUGCUAGGAGACGCCUUAUAGCAACCUGGGCAAACAAGCUGUCACCUAGCGACAGCUGGCAUCGGGCACGGCCUCGCCCCGGGACCCCGGAAGGGUGCUCUCGCAGCUCGCCGUGAGGCCCCGCCUCCGAGCCUGACGGUUUGCAUAUCACCAGGGCAACGGGGCGCGCGGGGACGCCCGGGCGGGACGCAAGGCUGGUCGCAGCCCGCACCGGCGCAGGCACGUCCGCCCAGCUGCGUCAGCGCUGGGUCGGCGAACAUGGCGGCGUCCGCGGCGGGCCUGAGCGGCGGUGCGAGCCCAGGGCUCGAAGCCGGGGACUUCCUGGCCCGGUACCGCCAGGUGUCGAACAAGCUGAAGAAGCGGUUCCUGAGGAAGCCGAACGUGGCAGAGGCGGGUGAGCAGUUCGGACAGCUGGGCCGGGAACUGCGCGCCCAAGAGUGCCUGCCCUACGCGGCCUGGUGCCAGCUGGCCGUGGCGCGCUGCCAGCAGGCGCUCUUCCACGGGCCCGGGGAGGCGGUGGCGCUCACCGAGGCCGCCCGGCUCUUCCUGCGGCAGGAAUGCGACGCGCGCCAGCGCCUCGCCUGCCCCGCCGCCUACGGGGAGCCGCUGCAGGCCGCCGCCAGCGCCCUGGGCGCCGCCGUGCGCCUGCACCUCGAGCUGGGCCAGCCGGCCGCCGCGGCCGCCCUCUGCCUUGAGCUGGCCGCCUCGCUGCGCGACCUGGGUCAGCCGGCCGCCGCCGCCGGCCACUUCCAGCGCGCCGCCCACCUGCAGCUACCGCAGCUGCCCCUGGCCGCGCUGCAGGCGCUCGGCGACGCCGCCUCCUGCCAGCUGCUGGCACGCGACUACAAUGGCGCCUUGGCGAUCUUCACGCGCAUGCAGCGCCUGGCGCGCGAGCACGGCAGCCACCCGGCGCGGCAGCCUCCGCCCCUGCCGCCGCCGCCGCCGCCGCCGCCCCUGCCGCCGCCAGGGCCCCACCCGGGACCCGGCGCGGCCCCCGCGCUGCCCGCCGCUCUGCUCCCCCCGAGUGCCGGCCCUGCGGCUGCGCCUUCUCCCGCCGCGCUGGGCGCCUUCUCGGACGUGCUGGUCCGCUGCGAGGUGUCUCGCGUGCUGCUGCUGCUGCUCCUGCAGCCACCACCUGCCAAGCUCCUGCCAGAGCAUGCCCGCACCCUGGAGAAGUACUCCUGGGAAGCUUUCGACAGCCACGGGCAGGAGAGCAGCGGCCAGCUUCCCGAGGAGCUCUUCCUGCUGCUGCAGUCCUUGGUCAUGGCUACCCAGGAAAAGGACACGGAGGCCAUCAAGUCACUGCAGGUGGAGAUGUGGCCGCUGUUGAGUGCCGAGCAGAACCACCUCCUUCACCUCAUUGUGCAAGAAACCAUCUCGCCCUCAGGACAGGGGAUCUGAUGCAUCAUGCUAACCAAGUGACUGUUGGCUUUUUACCAAACCUCACGUGCCCUUUGCGUUUGGCGUGGGGUAGCAGGCGGGGAAGAAAAGACACUGAUCUCGGCAGUCCUACCUUUAUCUUAUUCCUCUUGCCACCGUAGGAAUUUAGUUGACUGAAAGUUACCUGUAUCCCAAAGACUUACUUCCAUAAUAGUGGGAGGUAAAAACCAAUAUGAUAUAAUUGGAGUAGAGAACAUGACUCUCAGUCCCAAAAUUGCAACAUAAAAAUGAGAAUCCGUUUUGUCCCCUUCCUCUAUUUCCACCCAACUCAUCCCGCCCCCACUCCGCCGCCUGCAUCUUUGUUUCAUAGUAAGGACUUUAUUUUGCACAGCUCUGUCUAAAUACUUAAGCUAUAUGAGUUUGUUUGUUUUGUAAACUUCACUCUGAUUCCUUAGCGUUUUUCUAUGUCUACCCCAUACAUAUUCCUGGGAGUCAUUUGAUUACAUACAUCAUUGUUGCUACAGCCCUAAAUCCAUGAUAAAGCCAUUCUAAUACUCCUAACUUGUGGUUUAGAUUCACUUCAUCUAUAAAAUGGGAAUAGUUUAUCUGCAUAUCAGGAAGCAGAGAGCAAAAAUGGCCAAGCUGUCUCAGCUAUAAGAUGUAGUCCGUCAUUUGAUGCUGACAGUGCACCUAGUAUGAGGCCUAUGCUAGGCAGUGAACCUGCAGAGAUCAUUUGCAGAGUGGUCCUUAAUCAGCUGCUAUGCAGUUGUGGCUGGGGAGGCCAGGGUGUGUCAGUUGUGCAUUGGAAUUCACAGUUUCAGUUCUGUUCUGAGAGGUACGUGUAAUCCACAGGACAGCUUUUAUCUGAAACUCCCACUUACCUGAAUAUACAUAAGAUCAGUAUGGUUCUUUGGUAUUGUCAUGUGUGUGCAAAACAAGUGUCCUUGUUUCCCAAAAGCAGCAUGGCAGGCCAUUUUAAAACACUCAAGUUUCAAGGUAUUUUUUUUUGUCCAAAUGUACACAGUACUAAUCUUUUCGGGUGACAUUUAAGGACAGUUUGGGGUAAGUGUGUGGACCAUUAUCAGAAUGAGUUAAGUGCCUCAAAAUGUGGGGGGGGGGAGUCUUUUAGGGUAUUCUACUUCUGUUUCGACUAUGUGCAAGUAAUAGGUAAGUGAAAAAGGACAUACAGGAGAGGCGCAUUCCAUGCUGUCACUGGGCAGUCAGGAAGGGUCCUUCAGAACCCUGAAAGCCAAGUCCAACUUUUUGCAAAGGGGGCAAGGGUGCGUUCUCUUUUGUGCUUUUGCUCUUUCUGGUAUGUUCCUCCCAACCCUUGCUGCAAGCCUGGACAACUGCCCUAAUGUCUUAUGACUAAUGUUUAGGAGUUGUGGAAUGUGACUGG